AUGUCCGAUAACAACGAUGCCGGCGCUGUCGGGCGCCACCUUACGCACCCUGGCACGCGCGACCUUCCGACUUCGCUCCGCUCGCUCUGUGUAAACUGGUAUAAGCACUCCCGGGCGGAAAUUGCUAUUGGCCGCCGGGCGAACGACAGUCAUGCCCACGAGGUGUCGCCUUUGCCCGGAUAUCGCAGUGAGUCAUUUGAGUCGUCGCCAGAGGCCGAGGAGGCGGAGGCUGCGCGACGCACGCUGCUCAAGCAGAAGCGUUGGGCGAUCUUUACCACGGGGGCAGGACUGUUCUCGGACGGCUACAUCAACAACUCAAUCGGCGUGGUGAACACGUGCUUAGACCGGAUAUACGGUGACAAGUACAGAGAGUCCCCGUCGAUGUCGAACGUUGCGUCGCUGGCGUUCGCGGGGACGGUGCUGGGCCAGCUGUCGUUCGGUUACUUUGCAGAUCGCUACGGGCGGAAGCUCGCGAUGCUGGUGGGAACGGGGAUGCUGAUUCUUUUCACAAUAUUGGCGGCCGGGGCCUGGGGGAAGGGCACCAGCCAGACGGAGCCGGGCGGGCUCUUCGCGGCGCUGGCGGCGUAUCGGUUUCUUGUGGGGAUUGCUAUCGGGUCUGAGUACAGCACAGGGUCGCCAGCGGCUGCGGAGGCGUCCAACGCGCUGCCACGGGGGCGGCGCAACCGGUGGUUUGUGUGGUUCACCAACACGAUGAUCGAUCUGGGGUUCGUUGUUGCGACUAUUGUGCCAGUGAUACUACUGGUUGCGGGCAUUAAAAACCUGACCAUCGUGUGGCGGCUCACGUUGGGGCUGGGCGCCCUGCCCCCCCUUUCGCUGUUUUACCUGCGCACGCAGUUCAAGGAGAGCGAAGAAUUUGCCAAGACCCGAUUCCGUAAGAAAGUGCCGUACGUCCUCGUUGCGAAGUUCUACUGGUUUCGUGUGGCAGUCGUAUCCACGGUGUGGUUCCUGUAUAACUUCAGCUCGUAUGCGUUUGGGACGUAUUCCUCGUAUCUGCUGAACCAGAUUCUCGGAGACGAUGAGUCGCCCACUCGCGUGUUUGCAUGGAACAUUCUCUUCACGUUCUUCUACCUACCGGGCUCGUUGUUGGGGGCGCUACUAGCGGACUACAUAGGUCCCCGGUUGACGCUGGCAGCAGGGGUGUUCAUCCAGGGAAUAGUGGGCUUCGCAAUGGCGGGUUGUCUUGAUAAGCUCAAGAGGAACGUAGCAGGCUUCACAGUCAUAUACGGCAUUUUCAUGUCUCUAGGAGAGAUGGGUCCGGGUGACAAUAUUGGACUUUUGGCGUCAAAGACCACGGCGACGCCGGUGCGUGGCCAGCUCUAUGGCCUCUGUGCGGCGAUCGGCAAAAUCGGAGCAUUUACGGGGACCUACGCAUUCCCUCACAUAAUUGCAGCUGCUGGCGGCGAGAAGACUACGUCUGGUUUGCAGGCCCCGUUCUAUUUGGCUUCAUCUCUUGCUAUAAUUAGCGGGAUAAUAACCCUAUUAUUUCUCCCCUGUCUCGGACAGGAUGUUAUUAAUGAAGAAGACCAAAGGUUAUUGGAAUACUUAUCAAAUAGUGGCUACGACGUGAAUGGGAUGGGAGAAGAGGACGAGAAGGGAGAAGUCAUUACCGAGACGAUGCCUAGAUACUCAGGCUUGCCCGAUAAGGGCAAGCUAGGCUAA